AUGGCCACCGCCUACCAGAGAAAAAAGGUCCCGCCCAUUGCCCCACCUCUCCCCAGGAGGGAAAAGGCGGCUGUCAGUCGCUCAGCUCAUGCACUGGGACCUGGCCUAGAGGACGAGAGGACAGACGCUGCCAUUGCCACUACAGGCCAGGCCAUGGACCCCCAUGAAAUGGUUGUCAAGAACCCAUAUGCCCACAUCAGCAUCCCUCGGGCUCACCUACGCCCUGAUCUGGAGCAGCAGCUGGAGGCAGCUCCCUCCUGCUCAGAGUCACAUCCUCUGCCUGUGGGUCCCUGCACCCCGGAGCCCAGCCGCCUCCUGCAGCCCAUCCAUGAGGUUCCAGGGCCCAAGGGCGCCAAGGGCGCCAAGGGUGCCGCCCCCGUCAAGGGCCAGCAGGCCUGGCAGCAUCCGGGCAGCCCCUACGGCAGCGGGCAGCGCCCAGCAGGACUGACUUACACCGGCCGGCCACCUAUUGGGCGUGGUGACGACAUUGCCCACCACUGCUGCUGCUGCCCCUGCUGCUCCUGCUGCCAUUGUCCUCGCUUCUGCCGCUGCCACAGCUGCUGCUGUGUUGUCUCCUAGCCCGGCCACACAGCAGGACC